GCCGUCCUCCCGGUGGUGGUCGCGGAGGUGAGCGCCGGUGCUCGGCCGGUCCCACCGGCGGAGCCCGCGGCGGCGGGAGGCCGGGACGAGUGCAAUAUUGGUAGGCGAGAGCACAACACUGCACCGCAUCCCGUCCCUCCCGCCGCCCCGGAGGGAGCGGAGCCGCCGCCGCCGCCGCUCGGGCCGCUCCGUGGGAACUGCGCGGCGCGCGCCGAGCCCCGGCGGCAGUGCCCGGUCGCCAUGGCGACGGGUGUCCCGGCAACGCGGCGGAAUGUGCCCCCCCCCCCCCUCCUCCCGCCCCGCCCCGGAGCGCGCGGGACCGGCACCGGCCCCCCACCCCCCCCCCCCCCCGCGCCCCGCGGCGGCGGCGACAAUGGGCGCGGCGGCCCCGGGCCCCCCUCUUAAAAGGGCAACGCGGCGGCCGCGGGGCAGCGGUGCCGGUGCCCGGGCGAGCUUUGUCCGCUGCCCGUUCCCGCCCCGGGAUCGGGACGGGCGCUGCCCGCGGGUGCCGGGGAUCCCGGCGGUGCUGAGCGCAGCUGUGGGGAGCCGGGGUGGGUGAAAUCGCCGCUCGGUACCGAGCACCUCCCGCCCGGCCCGCCUUCCGGGGCUUGGGGGGAGCACGGCGGGCCGGGGGGUCCUGCCGUCCCCCUACACGCCCCACGCCCCCCCCCCCGGCUGCGAGGGGCGUCAGCGGGGCCCCGGGCCCGGUCCCGCUCGGUGGAGCCGGGGCGGGAGGCGAUCGCUGUGUAGGGCCGCCCCCGCCAGGGGGCGCUGCCGGGCGGGGCUGGGGCGGCCCGGGACCCCCCGGGACCCCCCGGCCCCGCUCAGCCCCGCCGACACGCGUGGGUGCGGGGUACGGCCGGCCCGGCCGCACGGUCCCGAGCCUGGCGCUGGUGACUGGGGUUCUUGCCGUGGGAGUGGGGGUGCUGGGGUGCUCCCAGGGGACGGGAACGCGGCUCUGCGUGUCCGGCCCCUUGCUCUCCCACGCAGCGUGUCCUCAGUGGUUUUCCGCUAAGAGGAAUAUCGCACACCUUAAACCUCCUCUUUGAACAGGCUGUGGGGGGGCUCUUGGGGACACGGGCCGGGAGCUGCACCCCCGGCGCUGAACUGCAGCCGGGAGCCGGCGUUGGCACCAUGAGCAGAACGUGGUGGGUGCGGGAGGGUGCAGCAGCCUGGGCGAGGGCGGUGGGUGUCAGCAUCGCUGCUUGCAGGAGCUGCCCUUCCCCAUGGCUGAGGGGUUUCAGGGAGGUUGUGCUCACCCAGAGCUUAGCUGCCUGUGUCCUGCCUGUCCCCUGCCCGUGCCCUGCCCAUGAUCCCCUUGCCUGGCACCGAGGCUGUGGACCCCAACCGGGGGUUGGGUGCAGCUGGGUCCCGUGGCACCCAAGCUGAUGCCCAGGCUGCCUGUCCCUGCCCUGCUGUUACUGCAGCACAGAGGGUCCCCUCCUCUCAGCUCCCUUCGCACCAACACCUCAGAAACCUCCCAGCACGGCUGAGGUGGCGGUUUGGUUCUACUCGGGGGCCCCCACCAAGCCCUCCCGAGGAAUUGGGGCCCUCCCUGGGAAUCGGGGUUCACCCACAGGGCAGGGACAGGGAGAGUCCAGAAAGGCUGGUGUGGUCUGGCCGUGCCAGGAGCACAUGUCACCGGGGGGACAGGAGCUCUGCGCCCCGGCACAGGUGGCUCCUGGUACCUCUGGGGUAGAGCAUCGGCAUCGCCUUGGCACUGGGCAUCACCCUGGGCCAGGGGCUGUGUCCUGAGUGGGAAGGGUGUCUUGUGCCCGCUGGAGCCCUCAUGCCCAGGCAGGUGGGGGGGCCCUGGGACUUGGCAGGGAGGUUACUGGGAGGUACUAGGAUUUCGUGGGGCCCUGGGCCCCACCUGCGUAAGCAUUUCCUUGGGGGAUCACUGGUGUUUAUUUAUAUGUAGGGCGAGGCAGUAGACGGCCAGUAAUCAUUAACCCCAGACUGAGCUAGAGGAUGAGGCUCCCCCCAAAAUGAGGGGCUGGGGGGUCCAUUCCCUGUGCUCCCCAUGAGCUCCUGGGGACUGUGGCUCAGCCCACAGGGCCAGGUAGAUGCUGCAUCCCCCCUGCCCCGGGGACACCCAGCCACUGCGCCUUCCCUGUGCCCUUGCCUGAAGCUGCAUCCACCCACGGCAUGGGAACGCUGCUGGCCACUGGCCCCCCGAGCCAGGGGAGCAUGGGGGACCCCACCCAGGGGGGAAGAUGCCACGGGGGACCCAUCAGUGGGGCGGCACCCCCCUGCCCUGUGUCAAGCGGGGCAGAGGGACCCCCCUCCUUCCCGGGGCUGGCAGCGGGGUGGGGCCUCUCCACCUGCUCCAGGUGCUCUAUAAAGCUCCCGCUGCUGCCAAGCUGCCAGUUCCUGAUCUCCAGAUUGCAGUGCGCUGCCAGCUAACGGGAGAUCUGCUGCCGCAGAGCCCUGAGAGCUGCCGGGACCCCCUGGGAUGAGCCCCAUGGCAUUCAGUGCCUUGCUGCUGCUGCUGGUGCUGGGCGCAGGUACGCAUGCCAUGACCACCACUGACCCAGUCACCACAGAGACAACCAUGGCCGACACACCCACCAUAGAGAUGACUGACACACCCGCCAUAGAGGUGACUGACACUGACACAAUUGCCAUGGAGACCACCAUGGCUGACACAACCACCGCAGAGAUCAUCACCACUGACACGACCGCUACGGAGACAACUGCCGAGACGACCGCUGAGACGACCACCCCUAUGGCUGCUGCUCCGAACAUCACAGCCUCCAAAAACACAAGCGAUAACGGGACCCAACCCUCUGUCUCCUCCCCCACUACAGUCUUCCCCACCACACGCAACACCACAGACUUCCAGUCCAUCAACAGCUCCACAGGCAACGCCACAGUCAACAGCACCACAGUGCCCAUCUCUAGCGGUGCUGCCGCAUCCCAUGACAAUGCCACUGUGAACAGCAGCAGCGGGCCUCCCCCCUUCAGCACCAACACAAGCAACAGGAACUCCACGGUUCCCACCCCCGCUGCGUCUGGUAGAACAGUGAUCCCCAUCUCCAGCACCAAAGGCAAGGGGAGCACCAGCACCCAGGUCAUCCACAUGCAGAAAACCUCUGUCACCACUCCUGGCAGCACAGCUCCCAGGCAGACACACAUGGCUGUGCUGGGCAGCAGUGACAGUCCCAACCCCAGUGACACCACAGUCCAGCUGCUCGUCCGCAUCCUGCUGUCCUUCCGCAUUGUCAACAGGAGCUUCGAUGAGAGCCUGCAUGACCCCACGUCGAAGGAGUACAGGAGCCUAAGCCACACUGUCUUGACCAUGUUCAAGUACGUCUUUGGCUGCACGAGCUGCAUGGGCAGGCAGAACUACAAGGGAUGCAGUGAGCUCCGUUUCAGCCAAGGCUCGGUGAAGGUGCAGUCCAUCCUCGUGUUCGGGCACAGCAAUGACACCAUCACCAGUGAUGCCGUUGAGCAGCAGCUGAAGGAAAAGCUGAGCCAGAACAACUCCAUCAUGGACCUGCAGCUGGCUGACAUCCGGAGCACUGCGGAGGUGACGUCCCUGUCACCGGUGCCUGUGGUCCCAGAUUGGGCCAUUGCUCUGCUGGUCCUGGUCUGCAUCCUGCUGCUGCUGAGCAUCCUCACCUGCCUUUUGCUGACCACCUGCACCUGCCGCCGGAAAAGCCGAGGGAAGCUGGAUCUCUUCGGCACAAAGGACUCGUACCACCCCAUGGCCGACUAUCCCCCAUACCAGAGCCAUGGGCGCUACGUGUCACCCAACAGCAAGCCGAACCCCUACAGCCAGGUGGCCGGCAGCAACGGUGCGGGGGCCGGCACCUUCACCUACACCAACCCCGCCGCCACGUCCGACAACCUCUGAGGGACAUGCUGGGAUGCUCCUGGGGGCGCAGCACCGGCCCCGGGCAUGUCCCCCGGAGAUGCUGGGCCCCUCGCCGCAGGCAGCGGGAGCCGGAUGGUUCUGGAGCAGCCGGAUUCAUGCGUAUGACAGAACUAGACAAACAAAGAUUUGGGGUGGGAGGGGAGGUCCCCCGCACCCCCCGACCCCCACGCUCGCUCGGCUGUGCACCCCCUGCUCUGUACUCUGGGUGGGGGACCAGGCUCGCACCCCCCCACGCUCACCCGUGGGGUUCAGUUGCUCUUUUUGUGGUGUUAUUUUAUAUAAAUAUGUAUAUGGGGUGUCAGCACUGGGUUCGGCUGGGUGGGGAAGCAGGGUAGCAGAGUCCGUGGCUGUAGUAUAUUUACUGCAUUUCACAAUAAAAGGAUGGGUGCAGUUGG